AUGAGUCAAGACAAGAUCAGUGCGUUUCUCGAUGGAAACUCGUUGGUAUGGUACCACGAGGACUCCAAGAACCUCAUUAUCGGGAACAGCGAGGGUCUCCUCAAAAUAUUCAAUGUCAACGAGCCAGAUCUCGAGCCAGUAUCCAUCGAUAUCAACGAGAACUUGACGGCUCUCGCUGCCCACGGAAACACGCUAGCUUUGACGUGUACUAGUGGUAACCUCGAGCAGGUUUCGUUGGAAACCAACCAGUCCAAGGGCUCAGUCUACCGCUCGGAGCUUCCGUUAAGGGACGUUAUUUUCAUCAACGAAGGGAAACGGAUCUUGAGUGGAGGUGACGACAACAAGUUGGUGAUCCUCGACGUCGAGACGCAGAGCAACCCCAAUAUCAUCUCGUUGCCAGACCAAUUGCUAAACCUCUCGUACAACCACACCGGCGAAAUCUUGGCCUUGAGUCUUGCCAACGGUAACAUCCAGUUGUACUCGGUGAUCAACGAGGUGCCCAGCUUGAUCCACACCAUCAAUAACGCGUUGCCAACCAAGAUCCACACGUCCUUGGAAAAGAUUGACUACAAUGACGAACACAGGGACGAGCUUGUAAGUACCAAGACCCUGUGGUCAAGUAACGGAACCCACUUGGUGUUGCCCUCUUCAAACAAUACAAUCAAGGUUUAUGAUCGUUCAGACUGGUCUGAAACCAAGGAAUUCACUAUUGAAGGUUCCAUUUGGGACUUUGCCCUUGUCGAGCCAUUUCUUGUGGUCCUUAAAGAGAACAGAGUUCAAGUGUUAGACUACACCUCCAAGAGAAUCGUUGCAGAUAAGUCCUUUGACUUGGAAGGUAACUUGGCAUUGAAUGUCGCUGUCAAUGAAGGUGAUGUGUACAUUGGAACCUCAGGAGGGGAGGUCAUCUCGUUCAAGGGAUUAUUGGAGAGAUCCAGCGAACCACAACCUUCAAAAUCCAACGGUAUAUCCAGUCUCUUCUUGGACGAGGCAGAAGAGGACUCUAAUGAUGAAGCGGAAGAUACUGAUGCUUUGUUACGUGAUUCAGAUGACGAACCAGAACCCAAAAGACCAAAUGAAAAUGGUUACAGACUACAUCAAGAAGAUUCCAUGGUCAUAGACGAAGAAGAAGAGGAUUUUACCGAAAGAAGAAAGCGCCAUAAGCCCAAUGGGUUCAUUCCUCCUAGGCACAUUCCUACUCAGGUGCCUGUGGAAGAUCUCAAGCCGUACUCACCCGGUUCAACUCCAUGGGGCGGCCUGGAAAAUAACCAAAGCUCUUCUACAGAUAGAAGAUACUUGUUCAUGAACUCAAUAGGGUAUGUGUGGGCUGUUAAGAAUAUUGCUGACUCUGAAUCCACGAAUCAACAGAGUAUUACAGUAUCGUUUUUUGAUAGAUCAGUACACAAGGACUAUCAUUUUGUUGAUUAUUUCCAAUAUGAUCUUUGCUCAAUCAAUGACAAGGGUACCUUGUUGGCAUACUCAGGUCACAAAGAUAAAAAAUCUACUGAUAACGCAAAGAUAUACUAUAGAAACCAUGACUCCGAGCAGGAAUCCUGGGAGAGAAAAAUUCCAUUGUUAAAAGAAGAAUACCUAACCUCAGUCUCAAUCACUAGCUCAGCCCAGUCAACCGGAGAUGCUACUAUCGUGGUUGGAACUAAUUUUGGUUACCUCAGAUUUUUCAAUCACUAUGGUGUUUGUAUCAAUAUUAUGAAGACUACCCCAGUUGUCUCAUUAAUUUCCUCAUCCGCAUCCGUCUUAUUUGCCAUCAACCAGCUUACGAAUGGCGUGUAUACCUACAGUAUCAUCGAUGUCAAUCUGGACUAUAAAUAUAUCCAACAAGAUGUUUUGUUGCCAUUGAAAAAGCCAACCAACCAAGAUAUUCCAUUAAUAAAGGGUACUUUUUUCAAUGAAUUCAACGACCCUUGCUUAGUCGGCGGGGCUGACGAUACUCUUCUUGUUCUCCAAGCAUGGAGGGAACCUGGAAAUUCCAAAUGGACUCCUUUGAUGAAUUGUCAUUCGAUAGUGACAGAAGAUGGCAACAAUAGCAACAAGAAGAAUUGGAAGUGCUGGCCGUUAGGAUUAUACAAGGACCAACUCAGUUGUUUGAUCUUGAAAAACAAUAAGCAAUAUCCAGCCUUUCCAUUACCAUUGCCAAUAGAGUUGGAGAUUAAAUUGCCAAUCCAGAUACGGGAGAAGUCUCAGAAAAAUCCGGAGGAAAUCUUCUUAAGGUCUUUGACUAUGGGUAAGUUGGUGAGUGAAGCAUUGAACGACGACAAUCACAAUGAAGAGCAAGACGAGAUCAUGGAGAGAUUGACACAAUACAGUAUGAUGUUCGACAGGUCGUUGCUUAAGAUGUUCGGUGAGGCAUGCAAGGAGACCCGUUUGAACAAGGCAUUGAGCAUUGCUAAGAUGAUCAAGACAGACAAGGCGUUGGCGGCCGCAGCCAAAAUCUCGGAGAGAAUGCAGUUCAUGACUUUAGCCACAAAGAUAGGCAAGUUGAGAGAGGAGUUGGUCAGUUUGAGCGACGAGGAAGAGUAG